GGCGCCCAGGACAGUCCUGCGGCGGGUGGGUGAGCGGGCCGCGCCCUCGCCCCUCCCGGGCCUGCCCCUCCGCAGCCGGCAGCACCGAGAGGUGAGGGAGACCACCAGCAUCCUUUGCUCCGGUGAAAUUCGCACCUGGAUCCUCCUCACAAGUUCCUGGCUGAGACGGUGGUUCCCCGGUGAUCCAGGUGGGAGUGGGCCCAAAGAUCUUUGCUGGCAAGAACGGGGUUGGUUUUUGGAGUAGUCCCUGUUGACGUGGCAAAGAGAACUCCCAUGUGAUACUCCGGGGUGCCUUUGAGGAAGGCUCUCUCUGAGGACCUCCCUUUGAGCUGAUGGAAAACUGGGCUGCCCAUGCCCUCUCUGUCCCCAGCUGAGAUUAUGGUGGAUUUGGGCUAUGGCCCAGGCCUGGGCCUCCUGCUGCUGACCCAGCCCCGGAGGCGUUAGCAAGAGCCCUGUGCCAUCCACCCUCCCAGAGACCACCCCUCCUCCCAGGGGCCUGGAGCUGGCAAGUGACUAUGCGGCUUGGGCUGUGUGUGGUGGCCCUGGUUCUGAGCUGGAUGCACCUGGCCAUCGGCAGCCGUGGUAUCAAGGGGAAGAGGCAGAGGCGGAUCAGUGCCGAGGGAAGCCAGGCCUGCGCCAAAGGCUGUGAGCUCUGCUCGGAGGUCAACGGCUGCCUCAAGUGUUCGCCCAAGCUGUUCAUCCUGCUGGAGAGGAACGACAUCCGCCAGGUGGGCGUCUGCUUGCCGUCCUGCCCGCCUGGCUACUUCGACGCCCGCAACCCCGACAUGAACAAAUGCAUAAAAUGCAAGAUCGAGCACUGCGAGGCCUGCUUCAGCCACAACUUCUGCACCAAGUGUAAGGAGGGCUUGUACUUGCACAAGGGCCGCUGCUAUCUGGCCUGUCCUGAGGGCUCCUCAGCUGCCAAUGGCACCAUGGAGUGCAGCAGUCCUGCACAAUGUGAAAUGAGCGAGUGGUCCCCAUGGGGGCCCUGCUCCAAGAAGAAGAAGCUCUGUGGUUUCCGGAGGGGCUCUGAGGAGCGGACACGCAGGGUGCUCCAUGCCCCUGGGGGGGACCAUGCCACCUGCUCUGACACCAAGGAGACCCGGAAGUGCACAGUGCGGAGGGUGCCGUGUCCUGAGGGGCAGAAGAGGAGGAAGGGAGGCCAGGGCCGACGCGACAACGCCAACAGGAACCUGGCCAGGAAGGAGAGCAAGGAGGCGGGCACUGGCUCUCGGAGACGCAAGGGGCAGCAACAGCAGCAGCAGCAGCAGCAGCAGCAGCAGCAAGGGACGGUGGGGCCACUCACGUCUGUGGGGCCCACCUAGGGACGUGGUCCAGCCUCCAGGCCCAUGCAGGAGUCCAGCGCUGCUCUGUGUGAUGAAAGCUUUCCUGAAUUGGAGCGUCGGCGGCAACACGUGCACACACACUCCAUCCAUCCAUGCCCACACAGACACACACACCCCAUGUUCAAAUAUGCAACCAUACAUACAUGCACACACGGAUGCGUGUACACACACACACACAUACGCACACACAACUGAAGCCACCAGAAGACACUUCCAUCCCUCGGGCCCAGCAGUACACGCUUGGUUUACAAAGCUCCCAGCGGACGCGUCAGAGAGAACGUUUUCCGGCAUCCAAGCCCAAACGAUGGGGAGUGGAGCCUUCUGGCAGAGCUGCUGGGAUUGGACCCGCGGCUGUGGCAGAUGCCAAAGCUUGAGGACUGCUGGGGCCCCGGGGGAGAAGUCUUCCUUCUACCCCGUUGGGCACUGCCAGCGGCGUGACUUUAUCGCUGGAGAGUCCUGUUACAUACACACCCAUGGUACUUACCAGGGCUGACCUGACUCUGAAAACUGCUUAAAGGUUUAUUUCAAAUUAAAACCAAAAUCAACGACAGCAGUAGCCACAGGCACCACGUUCCUUUUCAAGGUGCAAGGAUUGGUGAGGUAUGGACAGGAGCAAGAAGGGACAGGGCUGAAUUUCCAGAGACCCCUCGUAGCCUCCUCAGCAGAGGGUGCGCAGCAGGAAGACAGCGUUGGGGCUACUCUGAGGGCUGUAAACAGGUUCUCCACAUCCUCGUUACUCGGAAUGUGGUCUGCGGACCAGCAGCAAUGUUGCCACUGGGCAGCUUGUUGGGAGUGAGAAUCCUGGGUCCCCUCCCAGAGCUGAGGAGCCAGCAUCUGCAUUUUAACAAGAUUCUAGAUGAUGGCAUGUACAUCUAAGUUUGAGAAGUGCUGCUCUAAUUACCCCUAAGGAUGGAACAAAGAGCCCCAGCCAGCUUGCAGCAGGAGGGAUUGUGGUCAGCUAUAAAGGAGGACUUCCAGUCAGGGAAAGGCAGAAUCUGUAUACUGAAGCCUAUGGCGGCCCUCCUAGAGAAGGGAGUGCAUAGGCUCUCUGACGCAGUGGGCAAUAGUCCCGCCCAAAGUCAGGGCGGUGGAUGGAAUGAGUUCUUGUAGCAUUCUGAAGUGCGUGCCAGGCUCUGGGCUAGGUGUUUGGCUUCCAGUGGGGAGCCAGACAGACACAGGCCUUGCUCUCAUGGAGCUUCGAGGUGGGUGGGGAAGACAGGCAGGUAUCAAGCAAUCACACAAACAAACAUAAUUACAAAAGGUUGGAGUCAAGGGCGAGCAACCACUGGCACAUACACGUAGCUGUGAAAGUGAAUAAAAUGGAAUAAAAAUAAAAGACUUUAUCUCAGGGAGGCAUGAUAUUUAAGCCAAAUUCUGAAGGAUGGGCAGAAGGAUUUAAGACAAAGACUGGCACUGUCCAAUAGAAAAAUGUGAGCCACGCAUGUAAUUUACAUUUUUCUUAGUAGCCACAGUUUAAAAAGUAA